UGAAAAUCCUAGAAAAUAUGGACAAACUGCUAUAAAAGCUCAGCCUUGCCGUCGUUAUUCUCAUCACCUAUUGAUUUUGCAGAGUGAAAAACCAGAGAGUGCCCGAUUGGUAUCUAAUUGGUUCGUAGUUAGUUGGCGACGUAACGAUGUCGGAGAAGGAGGUGGUACUGCUCGAUUUCUGGCCCAGCCCUUUCGGGAUGAGGCUGAGGAUUGCCUUGGCCGAGAAGGGGAUAGAUUAUGAAUACAAGGAGGAGGACUUGUGGAACAAGAGCCCGCUCCUACUGAAGUCGAACCCCGUCCAUAAGAAGAUCCCCGUCCUCAUCCAUAAGGGUAAGCCGGUGUGCGAGUCGCUCAUCGCGCUCCAGUACGUGGAAGAGGUAUGGCCCCAUAAGUCUCCUCUGCUGCCGUCUGAUCCUUACGCGAGAGCCCGAGCUCGGUUCUGGGCAGACUAUAUCGACAAGAAGUUAUAUGAUCUCGGUCGAAGAACGUGGGCGACUAAAGGGGAAGAGCAGGAGGCAGCCAAGAAGGAGUUCCUUGAUAGCCUCAAACUGUUGGAAGCGGAGCUCGGGGACAAGCCCUACUUCGGGGGUGACAAGUUCGGGUUCGUUGAUGCGGUUCUCAUCCCGUACUACAGCUGGUUUUACACCUAUGAGACCUGCGGCAACUUCAGCAUAGAGGCGGAUUGCCCCAAGCUCAUUUUCUGGGCCAAGAGGUGCUUGGAGAAGGAGAGCGUCAAGAAGUCCCUCCCUCCCCAGGAGAAGGUCUACGGGUUCGUCUUGGAACUCAAGAAAAGACUGGGGCUUCUGUAAUUCCUGAAUUUCGAAGACGACUGUGGCGGUGAAAAAAUAAAAUAGUAUGAUGUACUGAGAAUACCUUAGGAAUGAUGUCUCGUGAUUGUCAUGUUUCGAACCGUCAUCUGUUAGCGACUAAAUAAUAAAGUUUUCUGAUUCUGAUCAUGUCA